CGGGGCUGAGGAGGCCACAUCCCGGCCAACGAAAAAGUAAAAGAACGGGCAGAUUUGUGUCCGAACAGUCCGGGGGGAUGGCAGCGUGAUUUCAAGGACGGGUGCGAGACGGCCCGGCCGGGGGGAAGAAAUAGGGAAACCGUGGAGUUUGUGGCACGGCUGGAAGGCCGACCGGGAGGCGAGAGGACGCGCAGAAGGGGACUGGCAGGGGGCCAGCAGAGGCACAGCCCGGACACUGUGCGCGGACGGCUCGACUGGCCCUUGUCGGAGACGCAGACGCUUUGCAUACUGUGUUUCCACCGGCACCGACAGCCUGUGCCCGGAUCGCUGUGUUCCCACGCUCCAGCGCCCCGGUGGCCUCGUCACAGCCUUUCCGCGAGGGAUGAGGGCGCGGCCUCCGCUGUGUUCUCAACAUGCGCGCCUCGUCGAAAGAACGAGGCCAGACAUUUUCAGUCCCAAGCUCUGUCUUGCCGCACUGGCUUGUCGGAGAAACCGCACACGGUCCCAGUUGGAGGGCUGUUGCUAAUGAAACCCCGAACGCGUCUCGGUCGAGACGGAGGGAGGGGUGCGGCGGGGCGGGCGCUGCGUGUUCACUCUGCUCCACCAGGGGGCAGACCCGCCCAACAAGUAGCCUUGUCUUCCAGAGCAUCCCGCUCUUUUCAAACGGAGCUGGUCUCCCAACUGAGGGCUGGGAACACCAACACCGGAAUUCGCGCGCCGCCCCUGCAAGAAGACAACUUCAACAACACUUACAUCUCCACUAUCGGAAUCGACUUCAAGAUCCGCACUGUGGAUAUAGAGGGGAAGAAGAUCAAAUUGCAGGUCUGGGACACGGCUGGCCAGGAGCGAUUCAAGACGAUCACCACCGCCUACUACCGCGGGGCCAUGGGCAUUAUCCUAGUGUAUGACAUCACAGAUGAGAAAUCCUUCGAGAACAUUCAGAACUGGAUGAAAAGCAUCAAAGAGAAUGCCUCUGCAGGGGUGCAGCGUCUGCUGCUGGGGAACAAGUGUGACAUGGAGGCCAAGAGGAGAGUGCGGAAGGAGCAGGCCGAUCAGCUGGCUCGGGAGCAUGGAAUUCGAUUCUUCGAGACAAGUGCCAAAUCCAGCACAAAUGUGGAUGAGGCUUUCAGCUCCCUGGCCCGGGACAUCUUGCUCAAGUCAGGAGGCCGGAGAUCGGGAAACAGCCACAGGCCCCCUGGCACGGACCUGAGAGCUUGUGACAAGAAGAGCAGCAGCAGGUGCUCCCUCGGCUGAGGACCCGGGCCUGGACGCUGGGCCGAGGGCGGGCAGGUGGGGCUCAGGGGGUAGAGGUGGGUAGAUGGCAGAUGGCCGAGCGGGGAGCAAAUGCAGAAGAAAAGGAGGAACGCGAGAGAAGAGAAGGUAGAAUAGAGAGGCAGGGAGAGGCGAGGAGGAGAAAGAUGGCAGGAAGUCAGAGAAGGUGAGGGGCAGGAAGGGAGGGAGGAGGGAAGCAAGGGCCCUGGGCGCCAGGCCCUCCCUGGACUUGUAAGGCAGACAGAAGUGUAAAUAAACAGUUGGCUCGUCGUCGUUACCGGAUCAGGUUUUAGGGCCGUGUGAGGGGUGGGCUCGGUGAUCCCUCUGAAGCUCUGAUCCUACCACUCUGCAUGGUCUUUCUCAGCAUUAAAGGCCACCACCCACACAGAGUCCCCUGGUUUGAGUAACUGUCAUCACCAGAACUGCUCUCUGCUCACCAACCUAAUUCCUGCCUCUAAGGUGGCUGGGCUGCCAGAACCUGGCCAGGCUCCUGUGACACCAGGACCUGUGUGCAGCUGUCCCUUUCCUGCGAUUUCAUGGACAAGAGAACAGCAAGGAGGUUCUCUGAACCUGAGGGGCUGGACAUCCUUUCCGUGAUGGAAAUUAGAGGGUCCUUAGGGGCAGAACCUUGCCUAGUAUCCAGAAGGGCUCUUUCUUAGGCCUUCCCAGGGGAGAGACAGCCCUGGCCUCAGGAAAUAACAGGACCUUGUAUUGUUUAUCCCAUGAUUUCUUUAAGCGCCUUUGAUUCUGCCAGCAGUCCUUUUAGGUGGCUAGUAGGUGUUAUUUUCCACUUUUAUAGAGGAAGAAAAUGAGGCACAGAAGAGGCUCAUUUACUCCUAAAUCUUUAUUGAGCAUCUAGUAUGUGCCAAGCACAACAGUCAAGAUAAUAUAACUUUUGGGUGGAACUUGACGUGAUGGACAAGCAAAUUUUAACACAUACUGCUCCUAAAUACUGCACGACAAAGAGGCCAAACUACUGGCAUGCCAAAGAACUACCACCACCUUGACCCACAGCCCCCCUUUGACCCUUACACCACAGUAUCGAAACAGCAAACUUCUCUCACAGGACCUUUUAACAGGAUUAAUGAACAUAUCAGAUUUGGUUUAGGCAAAAUACCAUUAGGAGUGUAAUUCGCAGAUCUGAAGUUCAAGGCAUUUAAGAAAUCCCCAUGCCUGUGGCGUGGAAGUGGAUGGCAUGACCCUGGGGUCAGCAGCAAGGCUUUCUGUGCUGCUGUUUCUUGUUGGUAAAACACAACACCAGGAAAGGGCCUGGCCGUGCUGGGAGAAGAACUGUGGUGUGGUCGGAUAAAUGUGUUAGGUACCAAGCUUCCAUGGGGUGAAGAUCUUACAUGGAUCACGUCUGAGCUCUGUAGUCAACGACCCAGCGAGUGUAAUUUGCUCAAGGUUAUGAGGAAAGACUUACAUUUUGUGAAUCCCAGGAAGAACACUGACUAACCUUCACCAUACCCCAGAGCAAAGAUUUUAAAAGCCAGUUUCAGUGUGGAGGCUUAUUGUUGCUUGGUAAAGCGAGUGGAUGGGAGAGCUUUUGACCCUCGCCUGUCCAGAGACAUGGUAGGGUUUGAUAAGGAGUAACAGCAUGCUAGAAGGUUUCAGCCAAGACUUUUCCUACAGCUAAAAGCCACUGGAAAACACCCACACGUACUUCGGUAGCGCACAACUUCUGAUCCGCACAAAUAGUAAUGUAGGGGAAUGAGCAAGUAGUCACAGAAAAGUAAAGCUCAGUCCUCACAGUUUUUUUGUUCAACUCCGAUGCAGUGGUCUUUCCAGUCUGAUUGCUCCUGUUCUUGAGCAGCCAGCUUUACUCCCGAUGGGAAGUCAGAAUUUAUGGGACACUGCACCCAUAAAUUUUAAUCCUAAAAUAAAGUACCGUAGCCCUGGGGUCGCGGGAGUAGCUGUUAUAUUUAGGCUAGGAACGCUUCUUGGGAGAGGAGAAUGUGGGGUGGCGUUAACAAAAGUCUGGGGACGAGCCCUUUCAUCUUGAGAAGUGGGGGACAGAUUACUAUUAGUGACCUUCUUUAUGUGAAUUUAAAUAUCUCCUUGAUAUUUAAGGCCCGCUCACACGGUCCAGUUGUCUGGGAGGCUGUAGACCUGUAUGUGUGUAAAACUAGGAUGAAAAUAUGGGUAGAGUUAGAUAAUAACUAAUGCCACACAGUAAAGCAAGAGUGUGGGUCAAGUCUCUGCGUUCUGGAUACAUAUCCAGGGUUAACUCCAUGGGGAUGGAAAGCAGGGGUGAAUCUUUGGCCUUGGAGCUGAACGUCUGGGGCUCACGCCUUAGGUCCCCCGCUCACUCGCUGGGUGACCUUGGACAAUCCCUUAUACUCUGAGUUUACUCAUAGAAUGGGACUGAUAACCUACUCUGACUCCUCAGGAAUACUGAAAAUCAAAACGACCUAAAUGUUGGAUUCAAAAACUCUGACAGUAAUGUGACGCGAUGCAAUUAGAGAAUAAAGGAAAUACUUUACUA